CAUCCAAAUCUCUCUCCCCCCAAACAUCGCGGAUCGCUCGGGGAUAUUUUUGUCAUUCCGGUUCCAAUAAUCUUAUUGCCCGAUUCGAAAAACCCUUGCGAUUUGGGAACCAAAGUCUGCCUCUAUACCUGAACUCGCAGGACAGAGGGAGAGGAGAGGAGAGAAGGAAAAGGAGUAUCAGGAACUGUUUGAUAUAUCAUUAAAGUUUGGUCUGAGAAUUUAGCAUGGCGAAGCGAGAGCUAUCCAGUACUUUGAAGAACUUGAAGUUUAUGCAAAGGGCUUCUCUGAAAGAUGAGAAAACCAAGAAGGAAGAAGAGGUCGUAUCUGCUGGAGAUUUCCCUUCCACAAGUGCUGUUAAAAGAUGUGUUGUUAUAGUUGAAGGUGAUCCCCAUCCUGGGAUGACAAGAGGCCGCAUGUCGUUUUUAAGUUUUAACCCAUCUAUUGAUAAACUGAAUGAAGAAGCAUCUGACGUUAGCGAAACUGAAACCCCGGCUACAAGUUCUGGCAGACAAAAUGAAACGAUAUCCAGCAGAGAAAAUGCAUCCUCACAAUAUAGGUCAGACAACUCGGAAUUAGAUGCUUCAAGCAGUAUAGCAAACGGUGAUCUCAAGAGAAAGCAAACUGAAGUCACCUCUGAAGCACAGUAUCCAAAUAAGUCUUUGAGAAACUUCCAAGACAAUCAAGACUCAUCUCCAACUAGAAACCAUAGUACUCAAAAGCUCCAUAAACGUGAUAAGCUGGAUUGGAGUGUUCUUCGGCCUCCCAAGCACGGAAGCAAAAAGAGGUAAGUUUUUUCAGGAGAUAUUUCCAGAUUUGUCUCAGUUGAGUAUUUUUUGGCACUUACAAUUGCCUUCUGCAGUUAACUAUGUUGUAAUGCAUUUUACUUUGUAUUCAAUGUUUAAAUCCUCCAUAAUUCAGAUAAGCUCUUUUCUAU